CAGAUAACACAGCCAUUGACCACACGCGGCGCUGUGGCUCUCUGCUUUGUUUGCGACCGCACUUCAGUUGGCCGAUCAGAGGCGGUGCGUCAGGCUGUGCAGAUACAAUGUGAUUGUUGCUUUCGUGUUGCUGUUCUACAUCUCCACCUGUCAUGACAUGGAUUUUCACGAAAAGCUGGAAGAGGGACUGGGAUAUUGCAGAAUCCAAACAGCAAUAUGUUGAAAGUCUUAAAGAAAAUAUUGUUUUCGGACAAGCAGAGGACCAGGAUGCACCACCUAGCACUGCCGGGGGCUCCCCGGAGGGUGAUACGUGUGGCCAGGACGGUAGCGCGGGAACCGGCCAGGAUGUAGCCGACCGUAGCUCCCUGGGCCACUCCGUGGAGUUCAGCCACUCUGCAUCGAAGGAUGCAGACACGCUCGCGUCCUCCUCCGCAAACACUGAGACUGCCGGCAGCCAGACUGGCAGCGUGAGCACGGGAACCGUCCUGCCGUGGGGUGCGCACAAGGAGCGCUCUCCCUACCCCCCUUGCGUCAACAUAGACAUGGACAUACGGCCCGGCGAGUUUGUGAUGCGCACGCUGUUUGCGGACUUCACGGUCCAGGCGGAGAAGAAGAUGGAAGCUAUCAUGGCAGAGUCUUUGGAGAAGCCCUUGUCGAAGAUCCUGCAGAGGGGCGAGGACCCGCAAUUUGACCAACUGCUCACUGCGUUUGGCUCGGUGGCUGAACACUGCCUGCCCUCCAUCCUCAGGGCCCUGUUCGCGUGGUACGAGCGGCAGCUGGCAGACGGCGGAGCCACGGAGCAGAAGAAAGUUGACCAGAAAGGGAAAACCAGCGAGAUGGUGGAGCGCAGCGAGGCGGACGUCCUUCAGGAGCGGAGGGACCUCGCGGUCGAGUUCAUAUUCUGCCUGGUUCUGAUAGAAGUGCUGAAGCAGCUGCCCUUCCACCCUGGCCAGGACGACCUCGUCACGUACAUAGAGAACAUCGCCUUCAGGCACUUCAAGUACAGGGAGGGCGUUCAAGGAGGCCUGAACGCUGCGAACAUCCACAUCAUAGCUGACCUGUACGCAGAGGUGAUUGGGGCCCUGGCCCAGUCGCGCUUCAUGUCUGUGCGUAAGAAGUUCAUGAGUGAGCUGAAGGAGUUGAAGAGCAAAGAGCCAAGCCCCAACACCACCCAGAGUAUCAUCUCGCUGCUCAUGGGCAUGAAGUUCUUCAGGGUCAAGAUGGUGCCGAUAGAGGAGUUUGAAGCCUCGUUCCAGUUCAUGCAGGAGUGUGCCCAGUAUUUCUUGGAAGUGAAGGACAAAGACAUCAAGCAUGCCCUGGCCGGUUUGUUUGUGGAGAUCCUGGUGCCUGUGGCAGCGACUGUGAAGAAUGAAGUGAACGUGCCCUGCCUGAAGAACUUUGUGGAAAUGCUGUACUCGCAGACGCUUGAUAUGUGCACAAAGUCGAAGCAUCGGUUAGCGUUGUUCCCUCUAGUCACAUGCUUGCUGUGCGUCAGUCAGAAGACGUUCUUUCUUCAGAAUUGGCACUACUUUCUAGCAAUGUGUCUGUCGCACCUCAAGAACAGGGACCCUAAGAUGUGUCGAGUUGCUCUAGAGUCUUUGUACCGCCUGCUGUGGGUCUACAUGAUUCGCAUAAAGUGUGAGAGCAACUCCGCUACACAGUCUCGUUUGCAGAGCAUCGUCAACUCUCUUUUUCCGAAGGGCUCGAAAACCGUUGUGCCUAGGGACACACCUCUUAACAUUUUUGUCAAGAUUAUACAGUUCAUAGCACAGGAACGUUUGGAUUUCGCGAUGCGUGAAAUAGUGUUUGACCUUCUAUCCGUGGGCCGUCCUAUCAAAAUCAUCCUCACUCCCGAGCGAAUGAGCAUUGGCCUGAGAGCGUUCCUGGUUGUCGCAGAUAGUCUACAGCAGAAGGAAGGGGAACCCCCCAUGCCCCGCACCAUGGGAGUGCUACCGUCUGGGAACACUUUACGAGUCAAGAAAACGUUCCUUAACAAGAUGUUGACUGAAGAUACAGCUCGAAGUAUAGGGAUGUCAUCUUACUUUCCACAUGUUCGUCGAGCGUUCAUGGAUAUUCUCAGAGCACUUGAUGCCCACUACGGUCGUCCGUUGAUGAUGACUAGCACUCAGAAUGUAAAUAAAGAGCCGGAUGAGAUGAUCACUGGUGAGCGCAAGCCGCGCAUCGACCUGUUCCGGACGUGCGUGGCGGCGGUUCCCCGCUUGAUCCCCGACGGCAUGAGCCGGGUGGAGCUUGUGGAUCUUCUGGCCCGCCUCACCGUCCACAUGGACGAGGAGCUCCGGGGACUGGCCUACCAGAGCCUUCAGACGCUCGUCAUGGACUUCCCCGACUGGCGGCAGGACGUCGUGUGCGGGUUCACGCAGUUCCUGGCGAAGGACGUGCAGGACACGUUCCCCCAGCUGGUUGAGAAUGGGCUGCGCAUGCUGCUGCAGCUGCUCACGAGCUGGAAGAACGCCCUGUCCCCCUCCCUGCCCCUGGCCCGUGUCUCCAAGGACACCUGCGGCCUGGGCGACGGAGCGCGGGCACCGGCCAGAGAUGUCGUCGGUGCCAAGAAGAUGGAACAUUCCAUGAAGGCGGAGCCCGUCGGCAGCGUGUUCCACAUGGUGGAGGCACUGGCGCUGGUGAUGCUGUGCAACUACCGGGCCAGCUUGCGCCGACUGUCCGUGCACGUGCUGCGCGAGGCCAAGACGCUGCUCCGGGCGCUGGGGCGCGCGGACGACGACGACGGCGGCCGGCCGGUCGUGGACGUCGUGGACGGCUGCUGCCCCCAGGUGCUGGAGGGGUGCCUGGGCCUGCUGCCGCCCGCCGAGAAGGCUGCUGCCCUCUCCGCCUCCGUCGUCGACCUGCAGUGGAUCGUGGACCGCAACCCCUGCAUCUGGACGGGCAUCCAGGAUGAGAACAGCUCAAAGAGCUCGUCGUCUCUGAACCUGAACGGUGCUGACCCGUGGAGUACUUGCCUGUUUGGAUUUUUGGAACGAGGCCGUGUGCUCACUCUGUGUCCUUCAGCUGUUGUUCACUCGUGGCCCAUUGUGUACACUAGAGUCAAUGCCUUGUUCGCUGUUGUUGAUCCCACGCCUGUCAACGACAACCGAGCAUCACUCCUGCGCGGCUCGACGACUGUUAAAAAGCCUGCGACUGAGCGUGACAUGUAUAUGCACACUUGGAAGAACUACGUUACGUUUGCAUUCCGCGUGGUGCCGCCGGUUCCAAGCCCCAUCGUGAGAUGUGCAUCUCCUGACCUCAGCCUCAGCGGGCAAGAAAUUGAGCCGCUGAAAUCUGGGAUGCUGAGUCGGUCCGUCGAGAAUCUGGUGCAGCAGUCUCAGACGCUCGGUCGUAUGGCUACGGCGCAGUAUAGGAACAGACACAAGCGCAGCAGCUCCUCGCCAGACAGCCUGUCGGCGGAGCGUACUGACAACAAGUCCCCCGGCAGCAGCGUCACGCCCUCCGGACUGUACAAGCUGGUGGUGCCCCUGCUUCGCUGCGAGACGGCCGACGUCAGAGACUCUGCGGUGAACGCCCUGGGGAAAGUCAAUGCAGAAGCACUCAAAGACUUGAUGGAGGAACUGCUUGUGUACGUACGUGAAGCAAUAGACAGAAAACAGGAGAACAUGAGACGACGUAGACGAAGAGAUGCUCUGCGACUGCAGCUGGUGCGGGUGUUUGAGCUUCUGGCAGAGUACGGAACUUUGGGCAUCAGCUCGUGCGUCGUGGACAGAGACACCCAGUCGCUGCAUCCGACGUUCGUGGAGUACAUGGACGGUGCGAGGCAGUACCUCGAGAGUGAGGCGGACAAGGACUCUCCCGUGGUGCGGGACAUCAAGCUUCACUUCUGCAACUUCAUACGCAAGAUGGUCAAGAGCUUCUCCUUGGAAACGUGCCGCACGCUACUGAAGCGUGAUCUGCGUCGCAACCUGUUCAACCUGUUCGCGCAGUGGAGCGGGCCCUUCCACCGCCCCUUCGACAGUCUCCCCGCCCCACAGGACGCAGAGGAGCGCCCUUGUUCGGAGCUCCAGCUGUCCGCCCUGCAGGCCAUGACUGCUCUCCUGUGCUGUGGGCCGUGCUUCGACCCGCAAGGCCUCUCCGAAGACGGUGUGUUCUACCCCUGGCUCGACCUGCUGCUCGCGUCACAGGACGACAAGAUCUACCAGCUGGCCACGGAGACGGUGGUGCUCUUGCUGGAGUGCAACCCCGACAUCGGCCCGCUGCUGGACUGGGUGGUGGACCGCUGCUACACCGCCGCGCCCGAGGUCGCCGAUGGCUGCUUCCUCGCGCUCGCCGCCAUCUUCAGCGCUAGGGAGUACCCGUGCGACCACUACACCGCCGUCAUCAACGUGACGCUCAUGAGCACGGGCUGCCCGCGCACGGUGGUGCACGAGACCGCCCUGCAGCUGCUGCAGGUGCUGGACAAGAGGUUCUUCGGCUCCGUGGGCCCGCUGCCCGCCGAGGGAGAAGCCCCGGGUGGAGACAAGGGGCGCGACACUCUGGACCUGCUUCUGUCCACCACGUACUGCCGCUCGCAGAUGUACCUGUCCAGGCAGCUGGCCCAGCUGCACCCGGAGCUCACCAUGCCCAUGUUCUCAGAGGUGACGUGCCGCUUGCAGACUGCGCGGCCCGAGCUGCGGCAGCUGCUGCUGCAGUACCUGCUGCCCUGGCUGCACAACAUGGAGCUGGUGGACCCCAGCGUGCCGCCCGCCAACCCGCUCUCCUACUUCCAGUACUACGCCACGGAGGUGAGCCGCUCCGGCGGCCGGCGAGAGGGCUGGGGCUCGGCCGAGGCCACGGAGAUGGUGCUCAACAACUUGUUCUUCAUCACCGCCAAGUUCUCGGACCAGCACCCCAAGGAGACGGAGGAGGUGUGGGCCACGCUGUGCUCCUGCUGGCCCAACAACCUGAAGGUCAUCAUCCGCUACCUGCUCAUCGUGUGCUUCAUGGCGCCGCACGAGCUGCUGCCCUACGCGAAGCGCGUGGCGGUGCACCUGGCGCGCGCGCGGCCCGACCGCCUGCUGGACGAGAUGAUGGCGGAGCUGCAGACCGUGGAGACGCUGAGCUGGCUGAUCGAGCGCACGGAGACGCCGCCCUUCUACCGCCUCGCCGCCGUGCGCAAGACGUCCAGCCACUCGGACGGCGCGGGCGGCGCGGGCGCGCAGGACCAGGGCAGCCGCGCAGAGCUGGCCGUCGAGAAGGGCACCAUCCACACCAAGCGGCACAGCGGCGAGGACCCGGCCAGGACCGGCACCUCCUCCAAGUCGGACUCGGCACUGCGGGCGCUGUCCGGCUUCACGCCGUCCCAUGCCGAGAAGACCCGCACCGCCAGCGGACCGCCCGUGCUGUCCGACGACCUAUCCACGCCCACCACCGAGCCGGAGCUACAAGUUGUGGAGGAUGAUUACUGCUCGCGGACUGGCAUCGACAAGUUCGACAUCCCCCAGCCUCACCCUCUGCCAAUGCCCGAGUACGGAGGCUACUUUGCUCCACUCACCAUGUUCCUGCCGGACACAUCCCAACCCAUCAGCAACUUCCACAGGUGCAACGUGGCGGUGAUGCUGCUGACGGACGUGGUGGUGGAUGGGGUAGAGGUGGACUGGUCCAUCCACGUGCCGCUGAUGCUGCACAUCCUGUUCCUGGGCAUGGACCACAGCCGGCCGCUGGUUCACGAGCACUGCAAGCAGCUGCUGCUGAACCUGCUAGUGGUGCUGGCGGACCACGGUGACCACCUAGCCGUGGCGCGCGUGCUGCUCAACUCCAAGACCGCGCAGCUGGGACUGGGGCUGCCCACGCCGGUGCUGCCUGUGCUGCCCCACACCUUCACGGAGCCAAAUCCCGAGUUUGACAGUUACCUGCAAGGUCCGAUACCAUCCUCAGCAACUAACAGCACUGUGGCACUUCCUGCAGGCAGUGGCUCUCCAGCAUUCGUGCCUCCUGCGGCCGGGGACAGCUGCCUGGUGCCGAUGGUGCCUGCAGUGGGUUCCGGUGUCCCUCCGGUCAUCGUGACGCCCGAGGACAGCUCCACCUGGGCCGGGCUGCAGCCGGGACUGAACAUGCCCAUUCAGGAUGUCAUUAAGUCACUCAUUGAUUUCCUGGCCAACAACUGGAAACACACCACUAAGACAAGGAAAAUGAGUUGUGUGGGACAGGAAAAACAGGGUGAACUGAGGGAGAUAUGUUGGAGUAGAGAGCGUGAGAACCCCGUGUUUCGGCGGCAGGGCUACGUGACUGAACUGCUGCUGACGCUGGAAGCGGCUGUGGACUCGCUGGAGUCGGACUUCCGACCACUGGACUUCAUGAAGGAGAUCUUCAAGUCGACGCCAAACCUGAACAACAAGGAGAGUGGCGUGGCGGUGGCGGUGGCGGGGGGCAAGCGCGGCCCGGGAUGUGGGCCGGGGGGUGUGGGAGGGGGCGCCGUGCCAGUGGGCGUGCAGCAGGCGGGCCAGGCCGGCCACACACGCAGUACCAGCUACUCUGUGUCCUACUGCAUGCGCAAGGCCACCGGCUCCCCGGCCGCCGAUAGCAAGGACGGGCGCGGUCGGACGUCGUCGGAGCUGGAGGCGCGGCCGGGCUGCAACCUAAACAAGUACUCGACGAACCUGUCCCGCUCACGCUCGGCACAGUCCCUGAAGCUGCUGGGCGACUCGGCGACGCAGGACGACAAGAUGACGAUCCUGGCGCAGCUGUUCUGGCUGUCGGUGUCGCUGCUGGGGUCGGACUACGAGCACGAGUUCCUGUUGGUCCUUCGCCUGCUGGGGCGAGUGCUGCACCGCCUGCCGCUGGAUCGGCCUGAUGCCCGGGACAAGGUGGACAAGCUGCAGGCACAGCUCAAGUGGGCUGCCUUCCCCGGUGUGCACGCCCUCCUGCUCAAGGGCUGCACGAACCCCAACACAUACGAGCCGGUGGUCCAGCUGCUGUCGCAGUUCACGCUGUUGCUGGACCUACCGGUUGUCGACCCCAGCCAGAGCCUGGCGUUCCCCAUGAACGUGGUGGCACUCCUGCCGUACCUGCUGCUCAACUACGAGGACGCCAACGAGCUGUGCAUCCGCAGUGCCGAGAACAUCGCGCAGGUCAGCACGGAGAAGAGCAAGAAGCUGGAGAACCUGGCGACGGUGAUGACGCUGUACAGCCGGCGCACGUUCAGCAAGGAGAGCUUCCAGUGGACCAAGUGUGUGGUGAAGUACCUGUACGACACUUACGCGCACCUCAGUCUCCACAUGCUCGCCUUUCUCGUCGAGGUUCUAGAGAAAGGCCCAGCUAUAGUGCAAUUGCCCAUCCUCAGCAUCAUACAUUGUAUGCUGCAUUACGUGGACCUGGCUUCAGCGGCUGCACAGCCAAUCAAUGCUGACCUGCUGAGAGUUAUUGCCAAGUAUAUUGAGGGUCCUCACUUCAAGGAAGCUCUGAAGAUCCUGAAGUUGGUGGUGACACGUUCGUCCACUCUGGUGGCUCCUCCCACCUCACUUCACCCGUCACACUGGGACACAUCGCGACAUUCCUCGCACCCGUCCUUCGCUGAAAGUGAGGUCUUCAUGAAGAAGGAGCUGCCAGGAAGGACCAUGGAGUUCACAUUCGACCUGUCGCAGACGCCGGUGAUUGGCCGCAGGUUCCUCGUCAAGGCAGACGAGAGGAGCAGUGCAGGCAGCAGUGGCCCCUCCGCCUCUCCACGGCGGUCUGUCUCCCUCUCCCCUGCAGACAACGCGAGUGUCGCCGGUUGGAAGAGACCUUGGAUGUCGCAGGGAAGAGUUAGAGAGUGCUUGGUGAACUUGCUGACAACAUGUGGACAACGAGUGGGGCUGCCAAAGAGUCCAUCGGUGAUCUUCAGCCAGAACUCUGACCUCAUAGAACGCCAGUCGAGCAUGGCUUCGUCCACGGAGGAAGUGUCGGGCCCCAUCAACGACUUGUCCGGAGGGUCUCGUCGUGAUGACGGAGCUACCGAACAGUUCGGAGUGUUCAAGGACUUUGACUUCCUGGAGUAUGAGAGCGAGAGUGUUGAGGGCGAGAGCACGGACAACUUCAACUGGGGAGUGCGUCGCCGGCCGCUGAGCGAAGGGGAGCCGGACCACGAGCAAAGUUUGCGUCAGCUCGAGGAAAGCAUCAGUGAGAAGACUCCCGUGCUCGGCAAGCGACGGAGGAGAGGUGCUGAAGAAUCGUCAGACGACGAGGUGGAGUCUGAGUCCCCGCUGGACGAGAUGGUGGUGGCUCCGGAGUUUGGCGUAAGCUCCGCAGCGGGCAGCGGUGUCUAUCCACCCUCGACACUGGUCCUUCGAGAGAGGGGGAGGCGGGACUCGGGAACCCGCUCCGACACAUCGGGGUCGAGUGCCGGUGACCUGGGUGACGUGACACCGUGCAACGCCUCACCUAACCUCUCGGCCCUGAUGGCGUACCCGCCCAUGCUGCGGGAUGACUCCGAGGAGAUUUGGAGGCUGCAGAUACAGGGUCUGCUCGGCCAGGCGGCCACCGACCCUCUCGAAAUAUUCCACUUGCUCCACAAGCUCAUGAAGGACACGUGCGGGAAGGCGGUGGCCAUGACGCAGGAGGCGUGUCACUACCUGGGGGGCGGCGGGGGGGCGAGGUCUCCGUCCCCGGGCUCGGCCCUGCUCAGCUCCUGCCUGGCCGCCCUCUCGGAGCUGCUCACCGGGCAAGCUGAGCUGCCACACGUGUGGGUCGGCUUCCACUCCUCCAGUCCGCGCCUCAACGAGCUGCUGCGCUUCGGCAUGCUCGAGAUCCAGGAGCACCGCGAGACCUUCCUCGACCGCAAGGACCACGCCCUCGAGUGCCUGGACGCGGUGAAGGCGAUGGUGAAGCUGCAGCUGCUCGGCGAGGGCCUGAGCUCGGAGGAGCUGGUGCUGGACCUGGGGCGCGCGCUCUACAAGCUGCACUUCCAGCUGCUGCUGCUCAUAGAGGCCUCCAACAAGAUGGUGGCCGCCAUCGCCGCCACCGCCCACGCCAACAACUUGCAGGACGCGUCAGUGGAGGUGGCGGCGGUGAAGGCCGGCCUGGUGCGAGCGGUGGAGGAGGGGGCGGGGUCUGGCCUGGGGACCCCCACGCCGCCGUCCUCGGCAGGUCCCGCCCCCGCCCUCGACCAGCUGGAGGCCUCCCUUCUGGAGCUGCUGCAGGCGGAGAAGUGGACUGCCACACUGCGCUUCGUGAGCAGGAACAGGGCUUUGCUGUUCAGUGAAGUAUUGCCUUGCAAUCAGGAUGAAGACGACAUCACAAGCAUACUAAACAUCUACUGCCGUCACUUGGCACACAAGAAGCCAGACAUAUUUGUGGUGACGCGCACAGAACAGGACCUCAACGACACUUUCAGUCAGCUUAUGGACAGUCUGUUCCAAGUGCUGGCAGCUGUCAACGGCCUGGAUAGUCAGCUGAGGGAACAGCGUGAGCACUCAGAGGUGACACUUCGCAAGACCGAGUGCUGAACUUCUAGCACUGUUUGUUUAGCAGUUACUUAUAAGUUGUUCUUUCAGCCCUGCAAAGUAAUAUGUAUCAAAUAUGGGUGUUUAAGAUGACCAUAGUCUCUACAGAAACUAAACUGUAGGAAUAUUAGGGUAUAAGGACAAAGCACUUUGUGGUCACUUUCACACUGAACUGAAAAUUUUGUUCAAUAUGUAUUUGCAUAUUCAGUUAUAAUACAAUUUAUAUGUUUCCUAUUUCAAUUGAUUGCAACUUCAACAGUUUUAGAACUUUCAAUUUCAUCCAAGUAUUCUGUUAGUUGGUCUGAAAGUGAAAAAUUCAAAUUUGUAUUGUGUUAAAAGUAAAAAAUUUGGGUCACAUUAUAGGUGUGUUUGCAAGAUUUGGAAAACAGUAACAAACUACUGUAAUCUAGUCCUUAGUUUAAUGUAUAUAUAAUUUAAUGUUUUUUUUGCAAAUUAUUUAAAUUUUUUUUAAAUUUUUUAAAAAUAAUUAUGAACUAAUGUUAAAUUAUGCCUUUAUUUAAAUAUACCAUGUCUACCAUGUCCAGUGUAUAAAAUAAAUAGCUGAGUUGAAAA